AUCUGGGGAUCAGAACAUAGAAAGCCAGAGAAGAUCCUCCUUUCACUUCAGUGUGCGAAGUCGCCAUCAUGGCAAUCAGGUGGGGGAUCUGCAGCGCUGGAAAAAUCAGCCAUGAUUUCACGGUGGCACUGAAGACCCUCCCUCAGGAAGACCACCAGGUGGUGGCUGUGGCAGCACGGAACCUGCAGCGCGCUGAGGAAUUCGCCCAGAAACACAACAUCCCCACGGUGUACGGCAGCUAUGAGGAACUGGCCAGAGAUCCCAACAUCGAUGUGGUGUAUGUGGGCACCAUCCAUCCUCAUCAUCUUCCAGUGGGGGUCCUCCUCAUGAACGCAAAGAAGAAUGUUUUGAUUGAAAAACCUCUGGCUAUGAACCUGAGAGAAGUGCAGGAGCUGGUGGCCACAGCAGAGAUGAAUGAUGUGUUCUUGAUGGAGGCUGUGUGGACUAGGUUCUUUCCAGCCUCAUUGGAAAUCUACAGGCUGCUGUCCCAGGAGGCUGUGGGAGAGGUGAAGAUGGUGCGAGCGGAUUUCGGCGUGCCCCUCCUGAACACCCCUCGUUCAGUGGAGAAGGAGCUGGGAGGGGGAGCGCUGCUGGACAUUGGCAUCUACUGCCUGCAGUUCGUCCUCAUGGUGUACGGUGGGGAGAAGCCUGAGUGCAUCCAGGCCACCGGAGUCUGCCUGGACACUGGAGUGGAUGAGAGCAUGGUGAUCACACUGAAGUUCUCGCGGGGCAGGCUGGCAGUGUGCACAUGCACAGUGGCUGUGGAGCUUCCAAACGAUGCCAUUAUCAAUGGGACUAAAGGAACUAUCAGGGUCCCUGCUCAUAUGUGGUGUCCCACAUCGCUGAUAGUGAAUGGUAAAGAGACGCCAUACCCAGUACCUGAGCCUUAUCUACCUCUAAACUUCAUCAACAGUACUGGCAUGAGAUAUGAGGCAGAGGAAGUCAAACAGUGUCUGCUCAAAGGACUGAAGGAAAGCUCUAGGAUGUCUCACGCUGACUCGGCUCUACUGGCUGAGAUUAUGGAUGAAGCCAGGAGGCAGGUCGGGGUGGUGUACAGCCAAGACCGCCAGUGAUCCUCUUCUUCAGCUGUUUUGUGGUUUGCCACUUGUUUACUUCAGUGCAAUAAAACCAAGUUAGAUCACUUGCUUCUAUCUGUU